GACUCUCCCGAGGCGGACGGGCUGCUCGGAGAGGACUGAGUCCCCUGCACGGCACCUCAGGUGCCUGCGGACGUCAGCUGGUCCUUCUGCGGUCAUCCCACGCCGAGCUUGGCCAGCACGCACGCCUCGCCUCGCAGGAGCCCGCAUAAAAGGCGCGUCCGGCCCAGGCUGGAAGCGGCCGUAGCCUUCGGCUGGACGAGGAUGGAGUGACCGGCGCGGUCCUGGCCACGCAGAACCAGCUCGACGCUCCUCGCCUGCUCUCGCAGCGGAGCCGAACCUCGUACGGCCGCUCCAGGAAAGGGCGCGCGGCGCCGGAAGCCGCUAUGGACAGCGGCGGCCCCGCAGGCAGCCACCUGAUCGCCAGCAACGAGCCCGCGCCACCGGUAGCCGCCACCCGAGACUCGAGCCAGGGACGGACCGGACCGGGGCCGGCGGGCCCAGGCGGCGGUGCGCGCUCGGGGGGCGGGAGGCCGGCGGCAGCAAACGCGGCGCGGGAGCGCAGCCGCGUGCAGACUCUGCGGCACGCCUUUCUGGAGCUGCAGCGCACGCUGCCGUCGGUGCCGCCGGACACCAAGCUGUCCAAGCUGGACGUGCUGCUACUGGCCACCACCUACAUCGCGCACCUCACUCGCAGCCUGCAGGACGACGCCGACGCACCGGCGGAUCCCGGACUGGGCGCCCUGCGCGGGGAUGGUUACCUACACCCUGUCAAGAAAUGGCCCAUGCGAUCAAGAUUGUACAUUGGUGCUACUGGUCAGUUUCUGAAGCAUUCUGUCUCUGGAGAAAAAAUAAAUCAUGACAAUAUUCCAACAGACUCACAGCCUUAGGCUCUCCCCUGAGGGAGGCUGGUAGAAAGUGAUGUCGUUGUUUUUAAAUGAUAUGAAAUAAUUCUAUAUUUAUUACAUCAAACCUAACAAACAUCAUUUCUGAAAGUUUACAUGUGAAUCCAUAGUUGGAUGUUCAGAUUUAUCUAAUCUAAAUAAAUGUGGAAUGAAAUAAUCAGUCUGGUAAAUAAUGUAAUAAUAAUAAUGUAAAACACACAGCUUAUCUAUUCAGUGUGAGAGAGUCACUACUAUAUAGUGCAGGAGAAACUAAUGGAAAAAAAGAAAGAGACAUAGGAAAGCAAAGAAUUGUGUAUGUAUCCAAAGAAUACACACAUUUUCUGUAGUAUAUCUGUCACAAACUGAAAAGCUAAUAUCUAUGUAUACAAUCUUCCUGGUUUAAAAAAAAUAAAAGCUGGGUUUGUAAAACACCAGUAUUUCACUUUUGUGAAAACCAGUCUGUGCUUAAUAUUGGUCUAAGAAGCCGUUCCACUUGGAAGGUCUCAGAUCAUUUAUUCAGUUUUAGCUGAAUAUGUGUGAAAAGACUGUUGAGGUAAUAUGACAAUGCAGCAACUUCUAUAACUAUUUUUCCCUCUUAGAAAACUUGGAGUAUUAGAAAUGGUUUGCUUCCUAGGCCAGGGCUUGGCCACCUUCCUAGAGUAUUAUUAAAUAUCUUAUUAUGUUUCCAAAUUGUGGAAGGCAUUGGAAAACCCUGCAGCCCUGUGUGAACAGCAGACGGGUGUCACUGGGCAGCAGGGUUUGUCACCCUCCCCCCUGGUCACUCUAUAUCCACCCCACUCUCUUUGAGGUCCCGGACUAGGUAAACAGGUGCAGCUGUAGCCCUGUAGAGAGAGUGGCACAUUCAGGCCUGUCAGGGGCCUCCAGCGAACCCCCGUGACCUUCACAGUCACAGCUUUGGCCAGGUCCCUUCUCCCCAUGUCAGUUGCUGUUCACAGUCUACCUACUUGGCCCUUAUGAAAUGGGAGAAAUCCUGUCUGAUUUGGGAAUUCUGGCGCUGAUCUGCACCUUGAGGGGGUCUGAGGACACAGAGUGGCCAUCCUGUGAUACAGGAUGCCCUGAUUUGGACCUACAAGCAAGGAAAGCCCUCUGCUAUGGGCCUCUCCCACUGCCCUGCACGUGAAGUGUCCAGGGAGCAGCUGUUCUGCCUGACUGAACCAGUGCUUUCAGUUUCGCCAGGAGCCUGGGGGGUCCUAGCUAUGAAGUGGAGACAUUUGUCAGGGAACACACUGAAUCUCAGAACAACAGGGUGCAACAGAGACACCUGGAAAAAAAAAAAAAUCAUCAGUCUCUUUUGUCAUGUCUUUGCUGAUUUAGAUUCCCUUUUAUC